GUGGAAGGGUAGAGGCAGGGCUGCUUAGUGUAUAUAAACAGGAAAGGUUAAUAAGACAGGUGAGACAACGGGGAAUACGAGAAGCAGUCUGUUGUGCUUGCAGGAGAAUUUGAUCUACAGACGCAUCAGAAACUCAGGCAUCCAUCUGAACAUUGAUCAUCAUGUCACUCACCAACAUUCUUAAACCUGAGGACAUUAAGAAGGCAGUUGACACCUUUGAAGCUGUAGGCUCCUUCAAGCAUAAGGAGUUCUUCAAGAUAUGUGGCUUGUCCACAAUGCCUCCAGAGAAGGUGCGAGAGGUGUUCAGGAUCCUUGAUGGUGACAAUAGUGGCUACCUUGAAGAAUCUGAGCUCAAGGACUUCUUAAAAUGGUUCAACCCUGAAGCACGGACUCUAACUGAAGAAGAAAUAAGAUUUGUUUUAUCGGGUGAUGAAAACGAUGAUGGCAAAAUUGGAGAAGAUGAAUUCCUAGAAAUGGUCAAGUCCUGAGUAUUACCAACAAAAGAAGCCAUCUGGAAUCUUAUCAACCUUUGGAGUUUCUGAUAGCAGCUUCUAUUCCCAGGAAUUUUUGAUGAUUUCUAUUCAUCUAAAUUUUUAACUGGUAUUUCUUAAACUCCACCUUUCAGUGUCUUUCCUUCUGGUGCAUGGUUUCUUGGCUUUAGAGAUUCCCCCUGUCUGUGAUAAAGAAUGAUAUAAAUAAAGAUCAAGAGACAUAUAUCUACAUA